AGGCAGAUUCUUGACCGUCUGAGCCACCAGGGAAGCUCUCCAAACCACUGAGAGAUGAAUUUAAAUGGAAUUAAGUGUUUGAUAAGGAGUGGUAAACGUAUCACGAUAAAAACUUAGACAAUUGCUUGUUUGGAGUUCAUUAAUGAAGCUGGUUGUCUUAAAUUUGCAACCUGCCCUUGACUUGGAAAGUCCUAGUCCUCCGUCCCUCACGGGCUGAAUGCCGAGGUGUUGUUCACCCUCCUGCCGCACGGAGGCGCCAGGGGAAACCCCGCGCGGCGAGGAUCGGCGGGUGGCGCCCGUCUUGGCCCGGGAGGGCCGGACUCCCACAAUGCACCUUGAAUCAACACGGCGCUGGGGGCGGUUGCCAGUAGGUGCCGGCGGGUCCCCCAGGAAACCCCGCACGCAGCCCGAGGUGUAUAGACGGGCCCCAGGUGGCAGCCAUGGCGGAGCUGGCACCUGCUCGGCACAGGAGGAAGCACCGCUCCAGCCCUCUGACUUCCUCCACGCCACCCCCACAAGCAACGGAGAAAAGCUCCUACCUGGAGACCACAGAGAUCUCGCUGUGGACCGUGGUGGCCGCCAUCCAGGCCGUGGAGAAGAAGGUGGAGUCCCAGGCCGCCCGCCUGCUGACUCUGGAGGGGCGGACGGGGAUAGCCGAGAAGAAGCUGGCUGACUGCGAGAAGACGGCAGUGGAGCUCGGGAACCAGCUGGAGGGCAAGUGGGCCGUGCUGGGGACCCUGCUGCAGGAGUACGGGCUGCUGCAGAGGCGGCUGGAGAACGUGGAGAACCUGCUGAGGAACAGGAACUUCUGGGUCCUGCGGCUGCCCCCGGGCAGCAACGGGGAAGUUCCCAAGGUGUCCAGGUCACUUGAAAAUGAUGGCGUCUGCUUUUCGGAGCAGGAGUGGGAGAACCUGGAGGACUGGCAGAAGGAGCUCUACGCCAACGUGAUGAAGAGCAGCUAUGAGACUCUGGUCUCUCUGAAGGUGCUUGGCCAGCCUGAAGGAGAAAUGGAGUUGGGUGCAGAGAUGCCGGGUGACUUGGAGGAGGAAGAGUCUCGUGGUGUCCACCCAGUGGAGGAGGUCGUGGUCAAGCAGGAGACACUGUACAUGCAGGACAGCUCCGCGGACCUUCCUGGAGAGUGCUCUGGCUUUGCCGACGAGCAGGCUCUCCCGAGCCCGGAGCAGGCUGAGCUCUGGGAUGGGCAGGGCAGUUCCAUCCUCUUGGAAUCGGGUCCUGGGGACACUCGUCUGCAGGAGCCCACCGACGGUGGGAGAGAGCCCGGCAGUGGCAGAACUCUGGGCCGCCCCCCGAAGCGCAAGUGCCACAAGCAGCUGCCGCCGGGUCGGGAGUGUGGGCAAGGCCUGCAGCUGAGAAGGGACAGCGCUGGCUCCUGCGGAUGUCCCGAGUGCGAGGCCCCACACCCGCAGACCCCCUCAGAGCCAGAGGCGAGCCCCCGGCCGCGGCCCCAGCUUAAGCCGCCGGCCCGGAAGGCGCAGUCUCUCCAGUGCGACGCAUGCGCGAGGAGCUUCCGCUGCCGGGUGAGCCUGCUGACCCACCAGCGCUGCCACCUGCAGGAGGCCGCCCGUGCUGGCCACCCGGCCCAGGAGCGGUUCUCACCCAACAGCCUGGUCGCCCUGCCCGGCCACAUCCCCUGGAGGAGGAGCCGGGGCUCCCUUCUCUGCGGUUACUGCGGCAAGAGCUUCAGCCACCCGUCAGACCUGGUGCGGCACCAGCGCAUCCACACGGGCGAGCGGCCCUACAGCUGCCCUGAGUGUGAGAAGAGCUUCGUGCAGAAGCAGCACCUCCUGCAGCACCAGAAGAUCCACCAGCGGGAGCGGGGCGGGCCAGCCCUGCAGCCCGCCAGGCCCAGCGGCCUGCUCUAGGGGUGCCAGCCCCUCACCCAGCGGAGGGGGGGGGGGUGGGGGGAACUGGCACUGUCCCCCAAAAGACACUGCAGGGUCGGGGACUGACUUCUUCCUGAGGGGGCUCUCUUUCAUUUGCUUUCGUGACCAGGCACUGGGCCGAGCCCAGAGGCUGUCCUGAAAUUCAGGGGAGGUGGGGAGCCUGGGCCAGGCCUCUCCUGCCGUCUCUGGUUUUCCCGUCGGAGCCAAAAGUCUCGGGCUGGGGGUGGCUGUCUGACCCUGCCGGGCCGGUGGCCUCUCCCAGCCUCUGGGUCUUCCCAGGGGUUGAGUCGGGCCAGAGGAGUGAGCAGGCGUGUGGGAGCACAGCCCCGUGGGUCCUCCUCUUCCGUGGUCUGGUUCCUGACAAGUAGAGGAGAUAAUUAAAGGGAACUGCUUACCCUGCUCUGAAGAACCUUUUUGCGGGGAGGGGGGAAUUACAUUUUAGCUGAUGAAGAAAGCGUGGCUCUGUUUAAAUUUUCAGAGUCGUAGAAGUUGUUCCUAACAGGGGGACCUGGCCUGCCCUCCAGGAGGGAGUCACUCACAGGCUCGCUCAGCCCGCUCACAUUCAGUCAAGCCAGAGGCUGGGACGCAGUGCUGAGCCCCCUGUUGUGGGGGUCCUGGGCUCUCUAGGGGGGCUAACUGACCACGAGGGACAGCAUAGUGAGGGAGCCCCCAGAGCCCCUCCUGGGCGUAAGGGUCCAGGAAAGGAGCUGGGGUGCUGCUGCUGCAAGGGCGGCUCCUCCCUGCCCUUCCAGCCCAUCCCUGCUGUGGUUCCACAGCCUACCGGGGUGGAGAGCUCCAUUUUCACUUCGGUGGUUCAGCUUGUACCCAUGCAGUGGUCCCUUGAGUUGGUCCCGGUUACACCAGUUGUUUCUUGAGGUGGUUCAGAUCACACACACUCCACACUUGUUCUGGGCCUGACUUCCUGAGAAGAUGGGGAAAAAGCGCAGUGUCCCUCAGGGGUGUUGGAUGCCCGCCGCCUGUUGUGUGGGGGAGGUGGGAGCGGGCUCCUGGCUCCUGUGUGAGUGUCCCCUUUGAUGAUUUGCAGUUGCCUAGAAUAAAACUUGCUACUGGCAAAAAAAAAA